GUGCACUAUCCCUGACUUUCCUUCCUAACUCUAAUCAUGGUCCCGAUAUUUCUUUUUUUGUAUACCUCAGCAUGCUAAAAAUUCAAAUUACUUUGCUUUCUAUUAAAUAUUUCACCCUUCCCAUUGACCCUUAUAGGAUUCAUUUUGCACCAAUUUUUGGUUCACCAUGGAAUCCAUUACCAAGGCAAGGAAAAUCUGCCACCUUCUGUUAAGGUUCUUGGCCUUUGGGGCAACCCUUUCAGCAGUUAUUGUCAUGGCUACUAGCCAUGAGAAAGCUAGUGUCUUAGUAUUUCAAUUUGAAGCAAAAUACACUAAUACCCCUGCUUUCAAGUACUUUGUGAUUGCAAACUCUCUAGUCACAGUUUAUGGAUUUUUAGUCCUCUUUCUUCCUCCGGAAAGCUUUCUUUGGCGACUCGCGGUAGCGACCGAUCUGGUGUUCACCAUGUUACUUGUGUCAAGCAUAUCUGCAGCAUUGGCCAUAGCUCAAGUUGGAAAGAAGGGAAACAGCCAUGCAGCUUGGCUACCAAUAUGCAACUCAGUCCCCAAAUUUUGCAAUCAAGUUACAGGAGCUUUAGUGGCUGGUGCCAUAGCAGUGAUCAUAUACAUGAUUCUUCUUUUGAAUUCCAUUCAUAGAGUAUUGGAUCCUCUUAUCUUGAGAAAAUGCUGAGAUGGAUUAUUAUAGUGCAAAGAAAUAUUAAUAGGGUGCUCCUUGGAACAUAAGGCAUAGUUAUAGUCUUCUAGAAGAGUGGAAUCAUAAGUUGAUGAAUCAACAGUGUCAAUUGUGUUUCUAAUAAGUGUAUUUUAAUUUUCAUAGAGGUGAGACUUUGGAUACUUUUUUGGGGGAGUAUUUGACUGUUUGUGUUAUAUUUACUAUACAUUUGCAAGUUUACUGGUUUGUUUUUUUUUUG